AUGUAAUAAUACUAUUGUUAACUGCAUUAGUUAAUCUUUACUUAAGUUUGCCUUCAAUAGGAAUGCACAAAAAAAGGACCAUUAUGUGAUAAAUGUCUUGAUACUCAUAAAACUCAUAUUGUAAAAAAUUUAGAAACUUAUAUGAAUGACUAUUCAAAAUAUUUAAAUAUGGAGUAUCAAGCCUAAAUAUUAUAAAAAUUAGAAUAAAUGAAAUAAUACUUUCAUGAUAAAAUUUCUUAAUUACAAAUAGAUGUAAAUUUUAUUGAUGAAAAAAGGAAAAAAGAAUUAUUGAAAUAAUUAAAAUAAGAAAAAAUGAGUAAUCAAUAAUAUGAAUCAAAAGUAAUUGAAUUAAUUCAAAGAGAUUAAUUAAAAGAUCGUGAAUAUUUAGAAUAAUUCUUUGAGCAAAUAGUUGAGAUUGAGAAGGAUAUAAAAUCCUAAUUUUCAUAAUUACCUAAAAAGCUUGUACAAGUUUAACAUCAUCAUUAACCUUCACAUUAAUCGUAGUAAAUAAUAAAUAAUAAAUCUAAUCUUUCAAGUGAAGUAAGAGAAUUAUCCCCUUAAUUAUCAAAUAGAUCAAAUAAAUCUAAAGAACCAAUAUUUCAAUAAAAAUAAUCUAGCCAAUCUCCUCUUUCUAAAUAGUUACUUUAAAGAGAUUUGAUGCCAGUUGGUUCAUUUAAUAAUUCUAAGUUAAAAAAUUAUUUCACUGAAUUAGAUUCUUAAAUUUCUCCUUAAAAUUCAUUCAAAAUUACAAAGCCUUUUGAUAUUGAUAAACCAUCAAAUAAGCAUAGUAGAAUAGAUGCAGAAAGAUCAAAAAUAAAAUCACAAAAUACUUCAUAUGAUUAAUCAAAGUAUCUUGAACCAUCAAAAAAUACUUAAUAAUCUUAAGUUAUAGAAGUUCCUUUAACUAAAUACUAAUAUGAGAAAUCAUAAAAGAUAGAUUAAUCAUAAAAACAAAAUUAAACUCAAUUUAUUCCAUAAGAACAGCCACAUUAAUAAAUGACUAGUUAUUUUACAAACCCAUUAACCUUAACUCCAAAUGAAAAUAUUUCAUUUUUUUAAAAAUAACCUUCAAAUACGAAAACUCAAUCUUUUAUUAAGACAGAAAAAUAAACAUAAUCAAGUUCUAAUUAAUAAUAAACUGAGUUACAUUAAUAAUUUUACAAAAGUUAAACAAAUCUUCCCUAAAAUUUUGAUUUUGAUUAAAAAGUUUAAAAUUCAUAGCUUUAAGAAGUUCAAUAAUUUCAAACACCCUAAUAAAGUACAAUUCUUAGAGAAUAGGAAACAAACAAUUUUUAAAAUGGUAUGAAAUUGUCAACCUAAUCUGCAAUAUCAGGAAUAUAUAAUGAAAAUAAAUCUUAAUAGGAUAUAUCUUUCAUUAGUUCAAAGUAAACAAUUUUUAUAAUUUUAGGUCAAUGGUUUCUCCAUAAAUUAAAAUAACCUAAAAUUUGCCAAAUCCAUUACAAAUUGAAAAAGACUUGACUUUAAAGGCUCAUGAUAAAAGUGUUAAAGAUUUAUGUUUUAUGGAUGAUGAUAAAAUAAUUACAUGUUCUAAAGAUUGGAGCAUAAAAAUUUGGGAUAAGUAUAGUUAUGAAUUUAUUAGAAAGGAGAACUAAAUAAUUAAAAAUGGAGUUGAAAGAUCACACAGAUUAAAUACUUUGCAUAGCAUUUUCUUAAAAAAGAAUUAUAGCUAGUGGAUCAGUUGAUAAAACAGUUAGAAUAUGGAAACCUGCUCCUUCUUGGAAAAUUUCAUUUGUUUGUUAAGGACAUUAAGAAAGAAUAAGAUGUGUAGAAUUUGUGGGAAAUUUUAUUGUUUCUGGGUCAGAUGAUACAACUUUAAAAUUGUGGGAUUUUGAUGGUUAAUUAUAACAUUCUUUUAAAACAAAUGGAAGAGUAAGUGCAAUAGCACCAGAUAAAAACUUUAUUAUUGUCGGAAGUGGUAAAAACAUUAUGGUAUUUGAUACAAAAACUAAAAAUAAAUAAUAAGAUAUUGUAGGUCAUAAGAAUUUGAUUCUGUGUUUAUUAUUAUGCAAUUAAACACAAUAGAAUGAUUAAAUAUUAUUAAGUGGAUCUAAGGAUCAUUUUAUCAAAAUAUGGUCUUAUCCUAAGAUUUAAGAGAUUAGAACUUUAGAAGAUGAUUAUUCAAUUCAUUCUCUGUUUUUUGAUCGUUCUUCUUAAUACCUAUUUGCUGGAUUAAUGGGCUUCGAAUAAGAAGGUAAGAUUUCUAUUUGGAAAUUGGAUAAUCAACCAAAAAAAAUGUAAGAAAUAAUUUCUAAUCCAUAUGGAUGCAAUAAAGUAUUGUUUGAUGGAAUAUAUCUCUAUAGUGCGCAUGAAAAUAAAAGAAUGGAAAUUUAUGCUAUUAAAAAACUUUGA